AUGAUGUGUUGCUUCAGGAUCCUGUUACUGACAGUACUGCCGUGGAAACUCGUCACGGUAGACGCUAUAUUGGAUAAUAAUUCCUACAGAUUUCCUAAAAGUGUCAAGUUAAAAGAUGGUGAGACGUUCGAUUACAUUGUGGUGGGAUCAGGUGCAGGGGGCGCCGCUGCAGCUGCUAGGCUGGCACUCGCUGGUGAAGAUGUGUUACUCAUUGAGGCUGGUGACGAUCCCAACCAACUCUCUAGGGUACCAGCCGCAACCAUGUUUCUAAUGGGUUCAGAUCUGGACUGGAAGUAUGAGACGAUUUCAAACAACGUGUCCUGCCUUUCUUCAAUAGGAAAACAAUGCCGCUUCAGUCGAGGCAAGUGCCUCGGCGGUUCAACUUCCAUUAAUUAUAUGCUCUACACUCGCGGCAACAGAAAGAAAGACUUCAAUAACAUUACUACUCCUGGCUGGACCUUCAAAGAUCUGAUGCCUUAUUUUCUACGAUACGAAGGCUUGCAAGAUCUCAACCAACUGCCACCUUCUUCUAGAUUCUAUCAUAACAGGACUGGACUAUUGCGCAUGGAAUUUUUUAGUGAUCCCUUGAAUCCAUUUCAUUUCAAGCUUGUUGAGUCAUUCAGAUCUCUUAAUUUUCCUUACAAUCCUGAUGUUAACGCGCAGUCACAAAUAGGUAUAACUAAAGUUGUAGGCUAUGUGUACCAAGGCGAACGUAUGAGUACCGCGAGGGCAUAUCUAGCAAGAGAAGAUGUAAAGGAAAAACUUAAGGUGGCUAAACAUACCAUGUGCACAGGAGUAAUUAUUGACAAAAAUAACAUUGCACACGGGGUUACUGUUAUUCAGGGUGCACGAAGUUUAAAGUUAUAUUCUAAAAAAGAGGUAGUAUUAAGUGCAGGUGCCGUGGCAACCCCUCAAAUACUAAUGCUAUCUGGUGUUGGUCACGCAGAUCAUUUGAAAAGUAUGGGAAUAUCUGUGAAGGCAGACCUACCUGUUGGCGAUGUCAUGACAGACCACGUGUUACCCUUGCUUCUGCUAAAAGUCAACAGAGGCAAGGAUAAGGGGAUAUCCGAUAAAUUAAUGUUACUGGCGUCAAACCUCGAACAGCUACCCGAAUUGCUGGUUGCAAACCAAGGCGCACUCUCAUCCAAUGGUCUUACUGACAUCAAUAUAUUCGCCAACACAUACUGCUACGACUUUGAAGAUAGAAAAUUGCUCAAAGUUAGUUCAGAUGGCAGCGACUGUACAGUGCCUAACCUGCAAAUUAUUAACUCUUUUAUAGAAAGGAACCUACUACCACUUGUGAAGCCUCUAUUUCAACAGACGACAGGAUUCAACGAUAACGUGAUUGAACAGUUAAGUGAGGCGAACAAAAACUCCGCGUUCAUUGUGAUGUCACCUGUCCUGUUGAAUCCUCGAUCAUCUGGUACCGUGCGUCUAUCGAAUAAAAAUCCUUUGGCGCCACCAGCUAUAUACCCAAACUACUUAGCCAAUGAGAGAGAUGUAGACGACAUGGUGCGCUCUAUCAGGAUUGUCGAACAGGUUGCAGAGACACAUAUAUUCAGGUGGUAUAACGCAUCGCUUCUUCAACUGGUUCUACCGGGUUGCCCAAGCUAUGAAGUAAAUCGAAAUAAGUACUGGCGGUGCUACGUGCGACAUAUGACGUAUGCUGUUUUCCAUUCAGCAGGCACAGCGCCCUUAGGUACCGUGCUGGAUGCUCGGUUGCGCGUGCAUAAUAUAAAGAACCUUAGAGUUGCAGACCUAAGCGUACUUCCUGAAGUUCCACAUGGCAACACUGAAGCCGUGACUAUAGCUAUCGGAGAACGUGUAGCAGAUUUUUUGCUUGAAGAUAACAAAUAG